AUGGAGACCUGGUUUUGGAUUCUCGGCUGGGUUCUUUCAUUUCUGACCAUCACUGGAAAUUUGUUUACAAUCUUCCUCAUCUGCAGCAGACGAAAUCUCCGCACCAAAACCAACGCGUUUAUUCUUUCACUCGCCGUGGCAGAUUUCUUUGUUGGUUUGAGCGUUAUUCCCUCAAUGUUCUUCUGCGACAACUUCUGCGAAUGGCCUCGACGUUGGCUGUCUUGGGUGAAUUUUACAAGAUGGUUGUUUAGUAAUGCAUCUGUUGUAAACUUAUGCGUCUUAGUACUGGAUCGUUUUAUUGCCAUCGUCCAUCCUCUAAAAUACAUUACAUUUAUGAAUCGCCGCCGAAUUAACCAAGUUAUUUUUUUCUCUUGGCUUCUAACAGUUAGUUUUAAUGUGCUAAAAGUUACCCUCUAUAUGUUUUAUUUCAGAAAAAUUCGUGUUAUCUUUAUUUGGCUGAUUAUAAUUUUCUUCGAGUUCCUUCCAUGUGUUGUAUUAAUAUCCUGCUUUGCAUCAAUGAUAUUUCACGUACACAAGCAUGAUCGGUCAGCACGCAUCGUCGCAAAGCAGUUACGUUUUAACCAUCAGGUGUCGUUUAAAACCCAUCACGAGAAGUCUGCAGUAAUAAUGAUGGGUAUUGUGAUAGGAGUGUUUCUUGUUUGCUAUGGGAUGUAUCUGCGUUGUAGUUUUUUAAUACUAUUCCACACUACCUCAUCGCCAUGCAAUGAUGAAAAGUACAAAAUUCCUGUCUUGGUUUUAAACUCGGCCAUUAACCCGCUGGCCUAUGCCUUUUUGAAAAGAGACAUAAAAAGAGAGUUUAAAAGAAUUGUCAGCGCUGCUUUUAAAGAAAAUAACAAAGUUAACUGA